CACACAUGAAGGUGCACAGCGUUGUGCCAGAUCAGACGCUGCUACUUGCUCCCGCCACAACAUCCGAGGCGGACAAGGCCCCGACCGAUACGUCCGAGCUACAUGAGCAGGCGUCGAACCAGUACGUCGACGUCGCUCUCUGCUUUGCAUCCUCUGGGACGCAGGACGUCCAUCCCGAACCCGUUCUCCCCUUCAGGAAGCACGUCUCCACUGCGCAUCCACGACCCCACGUCGCCGCUCAUUCUGACUGGGCUCGAGAAAGCCCAGCUGCUUGAAUUCGCCCACAUUGCAGCGUCCGAGCUUGUCGCGUUCGCUCUGCAGCAGACCACUGCUGGCGCCUCAACCCAAGCCACGGCCAAACGAGAAAGCGACCGACAGAUCUGUCGGGUCAAGGCAGGUCCCUUGCUAGGCCAUGCAUCCAUCGAGGACUACCAACGCCAUGUCCACCCGUACGCAUUCAACGCUUUUCACUCAACUUCGACGCUGUGCGCCAUCCACUCAGGACAGGACGAUGAUGUUGUCGUGACCGUCAAGUGGUCGCUAGCGUCGGGUGGGCCAUGGACGCAUGAUCGCGACUUUUGCUACGUCGAGAUUCAAAAGCCCAUCGUAACGCAGUCCGGUCGCCGCGGCUACGUGCGAUGUCUGCAUUCGAUUCCGCUCUUUGUUUCGUCGUCCAAGCAACAUCAUGUGCGAGCCACGUUGAAGCAUUCCGGCACGGUCGUCAUAGAGGGAUCCGAUCGGCGCCAACUGCACCGAACGAUUGUCUUGAAUGUAGACCAUUGCGGGAACAUGCCCAAGUGGGUCGCAUCCGUCAUGGUGCGUCGACUGUUGGCGAGAGCCGAAUCCCAACCGUUUGUUGACAAGAACGACUUGCGUAUGAGCCAUUCGAUGUCAUGGGAAGACGAGCGGUCGAUGUCCAUGCGUCGACGGCAGUCGUCAUCUGCAUCGUCCAUUCUUGCGAACCCACGUGGGUCGUUGAGUGCCGUGGCCAAGCUGUGCCAAGUGUGCACGACCAAGUUGAAAUGGUACCAUCCAACCGUGAAAUGUAAGGUCUGCCACAUGCUGGCGUGCAAACAAUGCACCACGCACUGCGAGGCACUGCUCAAGCGGUCCCAUCGCGUAUGUCUGCGUUGCAACGACCACCUGGCAUCGUUUCUAGCCAAGCCUGACGAUGAAAUGCUGCUGCUGCCUGUGGACGAGUUUCCCGAGGGCACCUGUACCUACGUGGACGAGUGCGAGGAGUCGAUGUCGUGAGUGCCGUCGAGUGUUGAGGACCGUGCAUGUUUGCCGCGACUGGGCACGACCGCCCUGUUCCCACCAAUUUGAGAUCCUCCCCGUGAAUGGUUGAGAAUUAAAAUACAGCGUUUUCACUUGAUUUUGGUAGGCGGAUGCAUUCUUUGAAUAAAAAUGAGCAUCCG